UUCCUUUCUCGCUGCACCACCGACGGUCCCGUUGCUCCUCUCACGGCCGCUCACACCACGACGGCGGGAAGUUGUUACCGUCAGUUUUACCGCGAAUAAGCAACAAUCAAACGGACGAGAUUGUUACCGGACAUUUCACGAUUACCAUGUUAAUGGAUCUGUAAUUGUAAAGACGCUAACUGUAACGUAAGCUACGCGGCGUGGGAUUCAGCUAGCAUGGCUAACGUCGGAAACCAGCUACCAACACAGGCCGUUAGCAAGCCCGCACCAGGGAAACAUGGGAACGUACUGCCUCUGUGGGGCAACGAGAAGACCAUGAACCUCAACCCCAUGAUCCUCACCAACGUCCUGUCGUCGCCGUAUUUCAAAGUGCAGCUGUAUGAACUCAAGACGUACCAUGAGGUCGUGGACGAAAUCUACUUCAAGGUGACCCAUGCUGAGCCUUGGGAAAAAGGAAGCAGAAAAACCGCAGGCCAGACUGGAAUGUGCGGAGGGGUGCGUGGCGUUGGGACUGGUGGAAUUGUUUCCACUGCUUUUUGUCUUCUAUACAAACUGUUUACGCUCAAGUUGACCCGUAAACAGCUGAUGGGUCUGAUCACUCAUACAGACUCUCCAUACAUCAGAGCACUCGGCUUCAUGUACAUACGAUACACUCAGCCCCCAGCAGAUUUGGUAGAAUGGUACGACGGUUUCCUGGAUGAUGAGGAGGAGCUCGAUGUGAAGGCUGGAGGUGGCUGUGUCAUGACCAUUGGGGAGAUGUUGCGCUCCUUCUUGACCAAACUGGAGUGGUUCUCCACCCUGUUCCCCCGUAUUCCAGUGCCUGUGCAGAAGAUUAUCGACCAGCAGAUGAAGCUCAGGCCUCGUAAGGUUCCUCAGGAGAUACUGGAUGAGGAGGAGGAGGAGGAGGAGCAACAGCAGCAGCAGCAGCAGGUAGUCGCAGAGACGGAGGCAGGGAAGCAAGGGGAACGACGCCGCUCCAGAACACCCAGGCGGACACCGAGCCCCAGAAGGUCACCCAAGCGAUCAAGAAGCAGGAGCCACCACCGUGAGAAAGAACGCCACGGCCCCAGCUUUGACCGAGAGCUGGAGAGGGAGCGUGACCGCCAGAAGAAGGAGAGGGACAGAGGGGAUAGGGACAGGGGGGACCGGGUGGACAGGGAGAGACGACGGUCCCGCAGCGCAGACCGGAACCAGGACCGCCGAGAACGUAGACGUAGUCGCAGUGGCAGCCGGGACCGAAGAAACGAACGCAGAGACAAAGAAAGAGACGGCGGGGAUGAAAAGAGCAGGAGGAAGGACAGGGAACACCACAAAGAUAGAGGAGCUGAGCGGGAGAGGUCCAAGGACAAAAAGAGCAGGGGGGAGACCGACGACAGGAGGCAUAAAGACGAAAGGGAGAGGCACAGAGAAGAGAGGAAGGCCAAAAGGUCGAGCCGGAGUCGAAGCAGGGAGAGGAAGCACAAAAGUGGGGGAGAAGAGAAGAGCAAGAAAAGAGAGCCCAGCCACAGCAGAGAUAGAGACAGGGAGAGGGACGGGGAACAGCGUUCUCACAAACAUAGUAGUAGCAAAGAGAAGAGCCAUCAUCAGCGAGAGUCCAGUAAUGACCAUAGUAAACUGAGGAGUCAGAGCACUGAGUAAAUGUCGCCUCCCAGCAAUAUUACUUCUUCUACUCCUGUGUUUUUCCCCCUUCCCUUUUUUUCUACCCAGUUGUUUGUCACUUGUGCUAAAGAGAAGGAAUGUCAGCCCAUUGGACAUCUGCAGUUGUCGUAUUUGGCCAAUGUAAUGUUGCUUUACUUUCAUGUUUUUCUGCCUUUUUUCACUCCCCAAUAGACCAUUUAGUCUUCACAAUUUGAAAAAUGGCAAAAAAUGGCAUUUUAAUUUUCUAUGGUGCGCGCAUUUGCCCCGUGAAGAUGUGGGUUUGUACAUACUGUUUAGGAGGCUGUCUACACACGAUAAAAGGUCUGAGUUGACUUUCUUGCUGGGUCAAGUGCAGUUGGUGCUGUAAACUUGGCUCAAAACUCAUAUCAUUUAUGGAAUGUAUAAAGAAUUAUUUUCAGGUGGUUAAAAAAAAGCCAAACAUAAUUUUAAAUUUGACUUGUAUUACAGUGCAUAUAUUUGGAAUUUCUUCAAAUUUAAGCGUCUUGUUCACUUGUAUUCUGAUUGAACAUGCUUUGAAGGGUCACAAGUUAACAGUUGAAGUACAGAUUUGAGCGUAGCAUCAAUGUGGAACAAUGGCUCAGCACAAAGCAACUCUGUCCAUGGUGGUGUGUAUACAGCACGAGAAUGUUUUAAUCCUCGAAAGAGCAGUCUGCAAAGGGUAAUUUUUUACCACACACACUGAUAUCUGCCUGUGCUGUGUUUGGGUUAUUGCUCUGUUGCAUUUUGUUUUCUAAUAAAACACUUUUAC